AGGCGGUUGGGGCGCAUGCGCUCUGCGUCCGGUAGGGCCCACCUGGGCGCAAAGCGCGCUGAGGGAGCGGGCGCCCGCCGGCGCAUGCGCGGCGGGGAGUGCGGCGAGAGGCGGGAGCGCGGGGUAUUUUGCUGCGUCACCAGCGCCUGGAACAGCCGCCGUUGCCCGAGCGCGCGGUGCAUUGUGGGUGCUAGGCCGAGCCCUGAGGAGGAGCCGCCGCCUCACGCUGGUCGGACCCCGUCCCUCUCGCCGCUGCCCGCCCGCGCCAGAGAGCCCUGAGCCGGGGACCCGCCGGAGCCGGAGCCGGAGCCGGAGCCGCCCCUGCCGCCGUCCGCCAUGCAGCCUGCUUCUGCAAAGUGGUAUGACCGAAGGGACUACGUCUUUAUUGAAUUUUGCGUUGAAGACAGUAAAGAUGUUAACGUAAAUUUUGAAAAAUCCAAACUUACAUUCAGUUGUCUUGGUGGAAGUGAUAACUUUAAGCAUUUAAAUGAAAUCGAUCUUUUUAAUUAUAUUGAUCCAAAUGAAUCCAAGCAUAAAAGAACAGACAGAUCUAUCUUGUGUUGUUUAAGAAAAGGAGAAUCUGGCCAGUCAUGGCCAAGGUUAACAAAAGAGAAGGCAAAGCUCAACUGGCUCAGUGUGGAUUUCAACAACUGGAAAGACUGGGAAGAUGAUUCAGAUGAAGACCUGUCCAAUUUUGAUCGCUUCUCUGAGAUGAUGAACAACAUGGGUGGAGAUGAAGAUGUAGAUUUGCCAGAAGUAGAUGGAGCAGAUGAUGAUUCACCAGACAGUGAUGAUGAAAAAAUGCCAGAUCUGGAGUAAGGAGAACUGUCGUCUUCAGGGUUUGGGGAAAGAACUUCAUCACAACAUUUCAUAACCGAAGAAUUCCUGAGUUGAUCACUCUAAAGGCAGAUACUGCAUCCUUUAACCCAUGUUCAAUCUGUUUUAAAUGGUUUCACUGAUGGUUGGUGUGUACCAUUGUUCAGGGCAGUCUUAAGCCACAUGAGGCAAUAAUGUUAUGCAGGAAUGUUUUUUUUUUUCCAGACUUCCAAAAAACAAUUGAGGUGUAGGCAAUCGCUACAAAACAAGUUGCAAUAAAAAGGGCUUAGAGCCUCCUUGCCUCGUCAUAAGACAUAAUUACAAUGGGAAAAUUCUCAAUUUACAGGAAGUGGUAAAUUAGCAUUUUUCCCCUCACAGUGUGGACUGCAGAUCAUUUAAAAUUUCAGAUUUUUAUACCUGGAACUCAACUGACUGAAACAAUGUUUUAAUUGGCUUACAAAAUUAAACUGGUAACAUGCUAUACCUCUGCGGUGUCUUCAGGUGUAUUCCACUGAUGUUUUAAUAAAAAGGAAAAAAAAAUUGCUUCACUUCGUUGUAUUUAAUCACUAGUUAGUGUUCCAGAUGUAUCCUAGCUAAAACUAGUGAACCCCUAACUUAAAUGGGUGAAGCCUGUACAUUUGGUAUUGUUUGACCCUCAAGCUUUUACAUCUCUUAGUACAGAGGGGUGAAAGUGGCUGGCUGUACAUUGUUGCUUGUCAAUCUGUACAUUUAGACCAAAUUGUAUUUGCACUGUUGGUAUGGAAACAAGUGACAAAAAGUUAAUACACUAUUGGGUUUUUGUUUCAUUUAUUUUGACCAGCUUAUUACAAGACUGAAAAACCUCAAUCUGUGUUAAGAGCAGAGGGGAUUUUUUUUUUAAAUGUCUACAUUCUUUCUAAUAAACUGUUGAAGACUCCAUGGCUGUCCUUUUAACUGUCUGGUUGACUGUAACUUCAUGUAUUCUUACUAUUUGCUGGAAUGGAUUUUUUUUUUUUAGUUGGAAUACUAGUGUGGGAUUAUUUCAGCUGUUCGAAGGAGGCAAGUUGUAAUGUUCCCAGCAAACCUUCAAAAAAGUGGAUCUGUAAUUAAAAAUUGUAGGUACACUUUGACAACAGUUUAAAAAAGUGUUGUGAUUUGACUAAAAUAAAACAAUGUUUUGUCCUCCUCCUAAA